AAAAGCAGCUCAGCUUCAUUGGAAACUACUUUUGUAAAAAUAGAUUGUCUUUAAUCUGCAGCCAGACAGUAUGAGAGCUCUGUGCACAGGACUGUUGAUGACAAUAAUAAUUCUGCUGGAUGGAGAGGAUCAGAAAGUUGAUGCAGUUUCUCUGAGUAUCGCUCCAAACAGAUCGCAGUUCUUUGAAUAUGAAUCAGUAACAUUUUACUGUGAAGGUGUCGUUAAUUGUGACGUUGUGCAUAAAUUUAAAGGGAAAUUACAAUCUUGUAGCAAAACAGCAGCAGGAUCAUCCUGCGACAUUAAAAAUGUUUAUGCUGGUGACAGUGGAGAGUACUGGAGUGAGACUGAAGGAGGGAAGAAAAGCAACAUUAUCAACAUCUCUGUCACCGAUGGUUCUGUGAUCCUGGAGGUUCCUGCUCUUCCUGUGUUCAUGGAAGAAUCUAUGACUCUACCCUGUAGAAAGAAAAUCGCUUCCUCCAACCUCUCAGCUGAUUUCUAUAAAGAUGGACGUCACAUCCACAGAAGCUCCACAGGAAACAUGAACAUCUACAGAGUUUCCAAGUCUGAUGAAGGACUUUACAAGUGCAGCAUCUCAGGAGCUGGAGAAUCACCAGAGAGCUGGCUGAAAGUCACAGAUCGCUCAGAGGAGAUUCGUUCCUCCUCAGCUGCCACUGCAGGGAUCGUUGUCACCGUUUUAUUUAUCGUUCUGUUGAUGGCAGCAUUGGGACUGUAUCACUUUGGCAAAGAUUACUGGAACAGAGCAGCAUUAGCAGCAUUGCGCUGCCUGUCAAGAAAUGCAGAGGGUUCAGGCUCAGCUGAGGAUCAAACAGUCUCCACAGAGACCAGCACAGUGAAUGCAGGCAGAGCAACAUAUGCUGUUGUAAGAAAAAACAGGGACAAGAAAGAAGAUGAAGAUGGGUUUUGCUGUAGACCCAGUUACUUCUCUCCAGGCCUGCGUGACACUCAACAACGAGGAACCAUGCCCUUUGCAGCGGUCUACCAAAGUGUAGCAGAAGAUCCUCUCUAUUCUACAAUAGAGUAGCAGCAGAGUGAGAGCAGACUGAAGACAUAAUCACAUCUGAGAGAGUGAAAACAACCCAGAA